AUGAAAUCAAUGAUCUCUAUUUACAAUGUCUAACAAAAUGGAAAUACUAAUCAAAAUCUUCAACUAAAAUCAAACAACAGAAGCUAAAAUGAUAUAAAGAUUUAGAAUAACAAGAUUUAACAUAUUAAUUUAUAAUAAGACUACCCAUAUGUCUCAGACUUUUUCAGCAAGAGAAGGAACACAUAAUCUUUAGAGAGCUGCAAGACGAAGUCUUAAUACACUAAUACUAUGACCAAAGCUUAAACUACUGCUAAUAGAUUUGGAAAUAAAUCUUACAUCGAUUACCCUAGCACAUCAAAUUAUACAAUAGACCCCUUAAGCAACAUGAAUAAGAGUGUCUACAAUAAUAAUAAUCAUAGUAAUCUUAUUAUAAGAAGACAGUUUGAUUAAAUGCCUAGCUCUCAAAGCAUUCUAAUUGAUAGCUCUACUGAAGAAGGUAUUAAGAUGCUAUAAUCUAGAAAGCUAAAGAAAUAAACUGAGAUAGAGAUGGAGAGAGCAGAAACCCUGGAUAAGUACUAGAGAAAUAAGCAUUAAAAGAUUCAAGAGCUUAGAAGUGAAGAGUUGUUUAAUUAUUAUCAGACAGUUGUUGAAAGCAAAAAGUCAGAUUAACUUAAGACACUGGUUAACAAUAGCAAAAUUUCCGCUCUAAUAUAGAUUAAAAAAUAGUAAUGUCUCUCACCAAGUAAGAUAAGUUAAGCUGCCAAAGACAAUAUUUAAGUUGAUUUGUAGUAAAAAUUAAAAGUGAAAUCAUACGAAGUUCAUAUUGAUCUAAUAAAUGAAGAAGCUGUUCUUAAUAGAAGGAAGAUAGAAUAAGUAAAGUUGGAGGAGGAAAAACUUCGAAGAUAAAUAGAGGAGAAAAAAAAUCAGCAUAAAAAUACAAUUAUGAAAAAAAUAGGCAAAAAUAGAAAAUUAAGUUUACUCCAGACUGACUAGAUUUAGAUUCUAUUUGGUAGAAAUACAACCCUUACUAACUAGAUUUAAUAAAUUUAGACAUACCAAAAUUCACUCUAAUAAAGCAAACUUCCCAAGUCCUUUAUAAAAGAGAGCAACUAGCUAUAUUAAUCCAAUCAUCGAGAGAGCAAUCUGAAUUAAAGAGAAAAUAAAAAUGAUGGAAUUUAAACAAAUUAUCAAGUUUAAGAAUAAGAUGAAGAAAUCGAAUGUUUUAACUCUGAUGAUGAUAAAGAUAUAACAGAAAUUUCUUAACUAAAAAAUCACAACGAAUAGUCAAGGGAACAUAGGAUUGAAUAAAAAAUAAUUUAACAAGAAUUGAUGACAAACUCUGAUAUUGAUUAUCAUAAACAAUAAUUUAUCCAAGAUAAAGAUGACGUAUAAAAUUCCUAAAACUAUGAUAAAAAUUUAGAAACUGCCUUUAAUAAAGGCCAAGAUUUUCUGAUUAUUCAGACUUCCACAGAGAGUAAGCCUAACUUUAAAAUAUAAAAGCAUUCAUCACAAUUUCCAGAAGUGAAAAAUGUGAAAUUCAACUAUAAAAAUAACAGAAAGCUGGAUGAAAAUAUUUAUCUAACUGAUAAAAAUAACUCAGAUAAGAAUAAUGAUAAAAUUUUAGAAAGUCAUAACAAUAAUAGUAUAUAUGAAAAUGGAUAAGCUUUGAAGCAUAAUAAUACUAUCAAAUUAGAUUAUCAAUAUUCAGAGGACGAGUAAGAAGAUGAUAAAAUAGAAUUCAAUAAUGAGAAUGAUGUAUAUUAAAACGAUGAUAGUAACGGGCUUAUGAAUUCAAAUUAUGGUCAUAAAGGAAAGAGCAAAUAGGAUUAUACAUUACGCAGUGUCAUUGAGGGUGACAGCGAGGAUAAAUUUGAUUAAAAGUCAAAUGAUUUAAAUUAAUAAUAGGCAAAUAAUGUUAUAUUAGAUCAGCAAGCCCAGUCCUUAUCUGAUAAGGAUGAUGCUCCUUAAAUGUAUGACGAUGAUUUUGAAAGAGAAUGA